AACAAACAAACUCUUCAGCUUCAAAUAAUAGUUUAGUUAGCUUUUCCUCGCAGCUCCGUCCGCGUGAAUUUCCUUUUGUCUAGUCUAAUUUACAACCUCUAUUAUUAUUCUAAUUUACAACCUCAAACACUUAGGUUGUUAAAGUGGCAACACCAUUUAGUUCUCUCAAAAUCAAAAUGGCGCUCAACAUAAGUGUCAAGGUGCAUCCCGUAGUUUUAUUUCAAAUUGUAGAUGCAUAUGAACGGCGCAAUGCUGAUUCUCACAGAGUUAUCGGCACAUUACUGGGCACCAGCGACAAGGGAGUGGUGGAGGUGACGAACUGUUUCUGCGUGCCGCACAAGGAACACGCCGACCAGGUGGAGGCCGAGCUCAACUAUGCGAUGGACGUGUACGACCUCAACAGGCGAGUCAACUCUUCAGAGAGCAUUGUUGGCUGGUGGGCGACUGGCAAUGAGGUGACAAACCACUCGUCAGUGAUCCACGAGUACUACUCGCGCGAGUGCCGCGACCCGGUGCAUGUCACGCUGGACACGUCGCUGCAGGGCGGGCGCAUGGGGAUGCGCGCCUACGUGUGCGUGGCGCUGGGCGUGCCGCGCGGCAAGCAGGGCUGCAUGUUCACGCCCAUCGACGUCUCUCUCACCUGCUACGAGCCUGAGAUUGUGGGUCUCCAGUUGUGCCAAAAGACUAUGGGUCCAGGAGGUCGGUCGCGACAAGUCCAGCCCAUGUUAGACCUGGCGCAGGUCGCUGAGGCCGCCUCCAAACUGUCCUCAUUACUAGAUCAGGUGCUGCAGUACGUGGAGGACGUGCUGGCGGAGCGCGUGGAGCCCAACAACGCGGCGGGGCGCCAGCUGCUCGAGCUCGUCAACUCCGUGCCCAACCUCUCCGCCGACACCUUCGCCGACGCCUUCGCCUCCAGCGUCAAGGACCUGCUCAUGGUGGUGACCCUGGCACAGCUGAUCAAGACGCAGCUCCAGCUGAACGAGAAGUUGACGCUGCUCACGUCGCAGUGAGGCGCGCCCGCCGUCCACCCUGCUCUACCGCAAGCCUCCAUCCCCUCACCGGCGACACCUCGAGUGUUGCGCCGGAGAUCUAUAAAAGCAAUUGCUCACUAGUGUAGGCCAUAGCCAUAACUCGGUUGGACGCAGCUGGCUAAUAAAAUGGCAUACCUUGAUUUUUCUCUCAAAAUUCAGAAAAUUCACAUUAAUUAUUAUAAGACUAAUAAAUAUUAUAUGUAAUAGUUACCAACCACAUGCUCAACACUUAAUAUUUCUUUAUAUAAAAUUGGCGAAUGGCACCACAGCCGGGGCACGUGGCCGCACUAGUGCGCUGUCAGACAACAAUAAUAAACGGUGUGAAUUGUU